AUGGCGGACGACGAUAGCAGUUCGACGUCCGACGAAAGUAUCGAUAUUAGUAGCAAUAAAUUUGAUCCCAUUAAAGCUAUUUAUUCGACGAAAUUACGUUUACCUUCUACGUCCGCGCCUCUUUACGAUAAUGUGUGCAUGUUCGAAAGUCGUAUGAAGAAUUUGAAUCGCGGAAAAAAAUCCCAAACAGGAAGUGAUGAUGUCGCCAAAGCAAAGGAAUAUGCCAAGCAACGAUUAAUCUCUAACCAAGGAUCGACGGAGGAUGAUUCGAAAAAAAAGAUAACAACUAAAGGACGUGGCAGAAAAUGUCGAGAAGUUGUUGAUGUUCUAACGAAAAUGCCAAAAAUUCUUGGACCAUUAGGACUGUUAUAUCAAUGUAUGGAAACGAGAAAACGUAUUAGGGUUUACACAAGAAACGAAUGUGGCAUAAGAGGACACGUGGAAGCUUACGUGGCUGCAUUCGACAAACAUUGGAAUCUUGCAUUGGAAGAUUGCUUCGAGGUUUGGACACGUAAAUGCAAGAGAAAAACACCUGCUGCACUUGCUGGUUGUGGUGAUAUAACAGAUAAUGAAAAUAUAACUAGAAUAGCUAGACAGAAAGCAACAGCAGCAAUAGCAGCAGGAGCAGCAGACAAACAACACAAACACAUAGAAAAUGUAUAA